AUGGCCAUGAAGAAGAAGAAGAGCGCUGUGACUUCAAGCCACUUGACCUCCAAUGGGAAAGCAGGUGCACAACCGAAUGAGAGCGCAGGGACUUCAACUUCGUCUCAGGAUACCCGCGUCAUUUCCAGCUUCCCCCCAAGUGAAACACAUCCGCCACUUUUUGGCCCCGUUCCCCAGAACACAGAGAUUGUCACGGCUUCUAUGUCAAAUGGAGAUAACCACCCUAUUUCUUCCAGCCCCUAUGAAACAGAGGUUGUUAAAAUUCUCGUUGGUCCCACUGGCGGCCAGAGGGUAUUCCUUGUCCACCUAGGAAUCCUGAAUCAAGCUUCAUCGCUGAGCAACAAGAUGCGUCCGGCAACUGCUGCUGGAGGACAUAGCAGCAUAUCACUAGUGGACACAGAUCCAGUGGUUUUCGAGCUCGCCGUAAGAUUUCUGUAUACCGGAAAGUAUCAAGGGUGUUCUUAUCCAACCCAAAACUUUCCUUCAUUAGAGCAGGAUAACGCCAAUAAACGCCGCGACGCCAAUAUAGAGUUUAGGAUACAUUCCUUCCUCUACUGCUUCGCCCGGGAAUAUGGGAUGGACGAGCUCUCUGCCCUUGCAUUAACGAAUAUUCAAAACAUGACGGAAGUACCUUUUCUGAACGUACUUGCCGUUGCCAAGGAGGCUUACCCCAAGCUCCUGAACCACGGCGACGAUGACAUGUAUCGCGAGAAGUUCAGGCAUGAAACAAGAGUUGCAAUGGAGAAAAAUAAUAAUCUUAUCCGAGAGCCUUGGAUUCUUGAUGUGUUCAGGAAUGAACAUGGCAAUUUGGCAGUUGACCUAUUCACAACCUUAACGGAGCCCCUGAUGUGCGACCCUGAAGCCAACAAUAGAGAGCCAUCAGUUAUGGAGGAGCCACUCGGCCCUCCUCAAUCUGGAAAGGUGAAAAGGGAAAAUUCGCACCUGGAUGAUGACCAUGCAGAUUAUUGUGUCCAAGAACCACCAGCAGAACCCGAGAUUGAAGAGCCUGUCCUUUCGGCCCCCCAGGAACCUGUCGCAGGAGGUUUCCCCGGAGCCGUAUCUGAGGGAUAUCCCAGACCACUGGAAACUGAACCAGCCGAGGAGUUUGCUGAUAUCGGUAAACCUACGGUUGAUGAUGGGUGGGGAAGUUGGGGAUCCAGUGCAAAAAUAUCUGUAAAAAGGAAGGGCAAACAGCGCGAGGACCCAUCGGUGGAGAUCACGGAACCAGAACCAUUACUUGAACCUGAACCUGAACCAAAACCAGUAAAAUCCAGUAAGGGCAAGAAGGGAAAGAAGGUCAAGAAGGGAAAGAAGGGCGGGGAGAUCCUGGCCGCAGAGCCAACGCCGGAACUUGACGUGCCCCCAAUCGAACAACGGGCCCUAUCCAAUGAUUUCCCACCAACAGAAUAUAACCAUAAGCAGCCCCAAGAAACUCCGGGGGACAAUCAUCAGCCUCCAGAAGAAGAGCCACAUCCCUCCUCUCUGUCACCCCCUCCUCCACUUUCUCCGCAACGACUCGCGGAGGAAGAAUCCCCCACAACCCCUCACAGCCCCUCCGCCACCUUCAUGCUCGGCGACACCGACGCCGAGAUUUCCAAGGCCAGAUAUUUCAAUCACCCAUGUAGUCGGCGUAAGGUGCAUCUGAGGAGCGAGAGUUUUUGGAUGGAUUGUAUCCGGUGUCGGAAUGAGCUGGGAAGUCUUGCGAGGGGAAUUGCUGCAGGAAUAGCGGAAGGGAAGGAUGAUGCGGUUGGUGGGGAGCCGCGGGAGGUAGAAGCUUGGUGA